AAAUACACGAACAUCGGAUGCUGCAGAUCAUCACACCACUUCCACACGUCGUGAAGACGACAACAGGAGCAAAAAAAAAACCAAUCGAAUUCUUCACCAGAGCCAUGUCUUCCGAAUACCUCAUCAACGACUCGAAGUAUUCCUUCUUGAAGGAGUUGGGUUUGAGCGCCACCAACGGUGGAGUGUACGAUGGAGCUUGGAAGGGAUCCGGAGAGACUGUUAAGUCGAUUUGUCCGAGCAACGGUAAAGUCAUCGCUGAGGUGAAAUAUGGAAACACCUCUGAUUACGAUAGUUGCGUGAGGGCUUCGGAGAAGGCCUGGCAGGUUUGGGCCGAUCUUCCGGCUCCGGCGAGAGGCGAAAUCGUCAGGCAAAUUGGUGAUGCUCUGAGGCAGAAGUUGGUGCCUUUGGGAAAACUCGUUUCCAUCGAAAUGGGUAAGAUCGUCCCUGAGGGUAUCGGAGAAGUCCAAGAGUACGUCGACAUCUGCGACUACGCCGUAGGCUUGUGCAGAUCCUUGUCCGGUUCAAUCAUUCCUUCGGAGAGACCCGGACACGUCCUUCUGGAAAACUGGAAUCCUCUGGGUGUCGUUGGAGUCAUCUCUGCUUUCAACUUCCCGGUAGCCGUUUACGGUUGGAACAGCGCCAUCGCCAUGGUGUGCGGAGAUACCGUUUUGUGGAAGGGCUCUGAAACCACUCCCUUGGUUUCCGUAGCAACCACGAAGAUCGUCGUUGAUGUCUUGGAGAAGAAUAAUCUUCCAGGAGCUAUUGCUACCCUUUGCAGCGGUCGCGCCGAUGUUGGUAAAGCCAUGGCUGCGGAUCGCAGAAUCAAACUUCUCUCAUUCACUGGAAGCUGCGAAGUCGGUAAUUUGGUUGGUGUCGAAGUGCAGAAGCGUUUCGGAAAGCACUUAUUAGAAUUGGGUGGAAACAAUGCGCUCAUCGUCGACGAAGACGCUGAUCUUAACAUGGCUGUACAAGCUGCAGUCUUCGCUUGCGUUGGAACCGCCGGUCAAAGGUGCACAACGACCAGAAGACUUAUCCUCAACAAGAAGAUUUCUAAGGAAUUCUUGGACAGACUGAAGAAAGCCUACCAGCAGAUCUUGGGAAGGAUGGGCGACGCUUUGACCGAAGGUGUUUUAGUCGGACCUCUUCACAGCGAGGUUUCUGUUAACAAGUACAGGGAUACCAUUGAGCAGGUGAAGAAGGCUGGAGGUAAGAUCGAAUUCGGUGGUAAAGUCCUCGACGGUCCUGGUUUCUUUGUUGAACCAACAAUCGUCACGGGAUUACCGCACGACAGUCCGAUCGUUCACAAUGAAUGCUUCGCUCCGAUCGUCUACGUCUUGGAAGCUAAUGAUCUCAACGAAGCCGUCAGCUUCAACAACGAAGUCAAUCAAGGUUUAUCCUCCAGCUUGUUCACCACCAAUCUUGGAAAAAUCUUCGAAUGGAUCGGUCCAAAGGGCUCUGAUUGUGGCAUCGUCAACGUGAACAUCCCGACGAACGGUGCAGAAAUCGGCGGUGCUUUCGGUGGUGAGAAGCACACUGGCGGUGGAAGGGAAUCCGGAUCGGAUGCUUGGAAGCAGUACAUGAGGAGAUCUACCAUCACCAUCAACCAUUCCAAGAACUUGCCGCUCGCUCAAGGAAUCAAAUUCGAAUGAGCAAAACAACAACAACAAAAACAUUAUAUUGAUAUUUUCAUAAUAAAAAAAAA